AUGAAGCAGCUUUUGUACGACAAAUCAUACUUCAAGAUGGUGAAAGAGGCGUACGACAAAACGGAGGAAAACAAUUUGAGGAUUGUGUUUGACCCCCCCAACUGCUACGCACCCCAUUUUUCUUUUCUUCAGCCACAAAUAGAGGAAGACCCGGAGAGGUAUCUCUUGUACUCGAACACUGAUGUCUAUGCUUCAACGAUCUUUUCAACAUACCCAUCAAUUAACGAAUCGAAAUUUGGUAAACCCAUUGCAGACACGCACGCCAUCGAUAUAUUUGAUAACUUCGUUGUUCUUUCUAUAGCAGAUGGAUGUGGGAUGGGCCGCCUUCCAUCCUCCGCGUCGAAAUUAGCGUGUCAGAAAUUUAGAGACUACAUAGCCGUCGAAAUGAACGGGAAGAAGACACCAAAGCAAGUGGUCGAGGUCUUAUUAAAGUCGGUAGCGUACAUUCAAACUGAAUUAGUGGGGAGUGACGAAGACAUCCACUGUGUUGGUUUAACCACCUUUUUGGGAUGUGUUAUUCUGAAGAUCAAAGGCGAUGCGGACAAGUUUGCUGUAGCGUAUGUGAAUGUUGGUGACUGUCGUGGAAUAUUAAUGCGUCCCAAAAGCAAUAUAUGUUGGGAGUUAGUGUCUGGGUACAAGAGUCGCAUUGAUGUCACCAAUGCGUGUGGGAGAUUAGGACCAACGGAUGUCGACAAACCCGAUUUGGGCAAUUUCUCGUGUGGGAUUAACAUUUGUAUGACUGGGGACAAUUUGUUGCUGAUGACUGAUGGGGUUUAUGAUAACUUUGAUCCAAACGUUCUAGGGAAAUCUCCUCAAGAUUUUGGCAUCAACAAAAUGACUUGGGACGAAACUAUUCCCGAGCACCGAAAAAGAGAAACGAAAUUUUUUAUUCGACUCUGA